AUGAGUCACCUGAAAGUAGCUAUAAUAGACAAGGAUAACCCUUACGGUAAGAUAACUACCGUAAGAGAAAUCCUUGUCAAAAAGACAUUAAUGGGAGAGCUGGACAAAACAAUUUUGUCCGCCUCCUGCAGCAAAACCAAGCCACCCACCUUCAGGUCUUGGACGCACUCUGGUGCAAUCAUCACAGUAACGUGCGACGAUGACCUGACGUUGGAAUGGCUAAAAACCAAGGUAACAACCUUAAAAACAUGGGAAGAAGCAACACUCGCUGUUGUAAGGAUGGACGAGCUCCCCAAGCUUACCAAAGCCUCUCUCUGGAUCCCGGGGAAAGCGCAAGCUGACCUUGACGAGAAGGAGGUUGUGCUCAGGCAAAACCCAAACUUGCAUGUGGCGAAAUGGUGCACCUUCCACCAUGAAAUAAAAAAAGACCCCAAGGGCCAUCUCUUCGGAUUCGGCAUCGGAAACGAAGAAAUGGGAACCCUAAAGGCCAAAUAA